UGUUUCUUAGCAUUUUAGUGUUCUUUGGGAUAGUUAGUAUUGUUAAUAUUUUAGCAUAGUCCAUACAGUUAGAGUAGUUACUUGUAUAUAGUUAGUGUAGACAAAGUAGGCACCAUGAGGCAGGGCUUGGCCUCCACCUCACCUGCCCUGCGGCCACCUUAUUAUCAAAUACUAAACUUUAUAGGCCGUGGUGCCUUUGGGGAGGUCACGCUGGCCCGCCACUUAAUGACUGGCACCCGGGUGGCGGUGAAAACAAUCGACAGAACCGGCUUCCUCUCUAGCCACAGAGAGAUGACUGUUUUACAGUCGGUGAGCCACCGAAACAUCAUUAAGUUAUAUCAUAUUAUUAACAGCAGAGAGGCGUGCCAUUUCGUUCUAGAAUACGCUGCAGGAGGAAGCCUGUCUAACUGGAUUGAACGAAAUAUCGUGGAGGAGGAGGAGGCCCGAGGCAUGUUCCAACAAAUGCUGUCCGCCGUGAGGUACCUCCACCGCCGCAGCAUCGCUCACCGAGACCUAAAACCAGACAACAUGCUGUUAGAUGUUAAAGGAAACAUUAAAAUUGCGGAUUUUGGAUCGGCCACGAGUUACCAUGAGGGGCAGAGGCUGACAAUAGCUCAUGGGACCCUGGCCUACAUGGCCCCAGAACUCUUCGGGGCCCAGGGCUAUGAAUGCCCCGCCCUGGACAUAUGGAGCCUAGGCGUCACGCUGUUCCAGAUGGUGUCCAACAACCUGCCCUUCUUCGCAGUGAGUCGUACGCAACUGAAACGCCUAAUUCUAUCUGGCCAGUAUGCUAGCCCGCACUAUUUUUCUGAAAACCUUAAAAGACUAAUUAAAAACCUUUUAACUCCUGAUCCCAAUGAGCGGCCGACAGCAGACAAAGUCAUGGGGGAAUCAUGGGUGAACAACGGCCUUCACAGGAAGUCAGACCCCCAGCAUGCCCCCACGGCCUCCCUGACCAUCGAGCACACUUGUGGAGAUUUAGAAAACUUGGCACGGCAAGCCCUCCAGUGUGACCGUGUGGCCUCCUCCAUUGUAAGCGCCAUAGGCGGUGGUGGUGCUUUAGAAACCUUGGCAGAGCAAGCCCCCCAGCGUGACCUCGUGUCUGCAGCCUCCACCAAGUGCUCCACCGGCAGUGAAAAUUUAGAAACUUUGGCUCAACCAGCCCUCCCGCAUAACCUCACGGCCGCCUCCACCCAGAUCACCACCCAGAGCACCGUGGCUCAACAACCGGGACACGAAGGCAGCGUCCUCCAAGCUGGGCAGCCCGAGGCUGUGUUGGCCCGGCCAAGAAGAGGCUGGAGCUGCCGCAGGGCUGCCCGAAGGUGCAUUGCCAUAAUAAGGAGAUGCUGCUGCUGCCUGUGCCCAUCCAAGAGGCAGAGUAAGAGGGCCCACCCAAGAGAAAAAAUUGGAGAGGACGAAGGCCCUGAGGUCCAGGAACAUUGAAACCUGAGAUGCCCAGGAGCAACGUUGGAGCCUGCAGCACUUUAUAUAAAAAAAAUAUAAAAAUAAAUUUGUCAUUCUGAUAAA